GACUACCCGCUUCAUCCAGCACAACAGGGAGGAGGACGCACAAGUGCAGGCGCGUCCAUGCGUGCCAGCCGAACAAGAAAAUAAGCGGGUAAAAGGACCACAAAUCCAAACAUUGGACUAAGAGUUAAUCUAACAGCCUAAAUGAGUACAUUGUAAGAAGAGUCAUGCAUCUCAACAGAGAAGAAGAUAACAGCAAAGGCUCGGUGUCUCUCAGUGUGUUCCUGGUGUCUGUUGCAUCUGUAGUGUGUGCCGUUUGGCUGGUAGCUCUAUGUGGCGUCUGCACCUGGUGUCAAAGGAAACUGGGGAAGAGGAAUAAGCCUGGGGUGGAGGUGGCAGGUUCUCCAGAAUCUGUGAGAGGUCGAGGGGAAAAUAAAGCCAUCAACCACAAUGACAUGGACAGAGACUUUUGGAAUAACAAUGACAGCAGCAACGUGCAACAGAGGUGGAGCUCCUACCCACCCAAGGAGUUCCUCUUAAACAUGUCUCCCUAUGCCCCCUACGGAGACCCUCGCCUCACGCCCAAUGGGGCCGGGGAAAAGGGUGGGCAUGGCGGUGCUGGACCCUCGCCAGGGGCCAGUGACAGCGGGGUUGGUGCUUGCUCUGGGAGUGGGGCGGGGCCCAGUCGCAGUGACAGCGUUCGAAGCAUGUUGACUGGGGGAAGCAAGGCCGGGCGCUGGCAGACGAUCCAGAGCCACAUGCAUGCCGGAGGCCUACGGUUUAGCAAUUUCGGGGACGCUUCCCUGUCAUCUGCCUCUACCCUGGAACACAUCCCAUCCUCGGCCGUGGCGCGCCCUCGUCCCCUGGUGCGGCAGCAGAGCCUUCAACAGCCCCUCACUCACCAGCCCCCUCCGGGCCCUAACGACCCCCCAGUAACCUCACAGAGCCUGGGCCAGCUGCACACAGGGCCGGGCAGCGGGGGCCAUCGCGGGGGCCCGCGUGGGGUCCGGGGGAGUCCGGCUGGAGCUUCCCGGUACAGAGGAACAGGGGCAGGUCGAUCGAGGUCAAAUCCUGGCAGUUGGGAUCACAUGAUGGAGCAGAUCCGCCACAGAGGGCUGGAUGUCAAAUCGUUUUUUGAGGGGAAGAUGGUUGUUCUGUCUCUAGCAAUCGGCCUGGCUGAGCAGGAUGACUUUGCCAACCUCCCAGAUCUACAGGAAGCCCCUGCAGAUGAAACCACGCCAGAAAAGAGGACUCCAGGUAACAAAGCAGGCAGCAGCCCCAGAGGUCAGACCCCAGAUGAGAGCGGCCGCCGUCACGAUGCCAACUCCUCCGUGUCUGACCUGGCCAACUCCGUCACCAGUGACAUGCUCAUGCUGUCUCCAGGUUCGGAGGAAGAUGACCAUGAGGGUCCAGUGUGUGAGAAGCUGGGUCGUGUUCAGUUCAGUGUCGGAUACAGUUUUCAGGACUCCACUCUCACUGUCAAAAUUCUCAAAGGCCAGGAUUUACCUGCCAAGGACUUUUCCGGUACCUCUGACCCAUUUGUCAAACUAUACCUGCUGCCAGAUAAGAAGCACAAACUGGAGACCAAAGUCAAGAGGAAGAAUCUGAACCCUCACUGGAACGAGACCUUCCUGUUUGAAGGGUUCCCUUAUGAAAAGGUUGUCCAGAGGACUCUGUAUCUGCAGGUUCUGGACUACGACCGCUUCAGCAGGAACGACCCCAUAGGAGAGGUGUCCAUCCCCCUCAACAAACUGGACCUGGCGAACAUGCAGACUUUCUGGAAGGAGCUCAAACCAUGUAGCGAUGGCAGCGGGAGUCGAGGGGAUCUGCUUGUGUCUCUGUGCUACAACCCCACAGCCAACACCAUCACUGUGAGCAUCAUCAAAGCCAGAAACCUCAAAGCCAUGGACAUUGGAGGCACUUCUGACCCCUACGUAAAAGUGUGGUUGAUGCACAAGGACAAACGUGUGGAAAAGAAGAAGACGGUGGUAAUGAAGCGCUGUCUGAACCCGGUUUUCAACGAGUCCUUCCCCUUCGAUGUGCCUGCCCACGUGCUGAGGGAGACCACCAUAAUUAUCACCGUCAUGGACAAGGACAGGCUCAGUCGCAAUGAUGUCAUUGGGAAGAUUUAUCUUUCCUGGAAGAGCGGCCCUGCAGAGGUAAAACACUGGAAAGACAUGAUGGGUCGUCCUCGUAACCCCGUGUCCCAGUGGCAUGCUCUGAAGGCCUGAGGGACCCAGCAGCAAACCUGCCUACAGUGAUUUUUCCCCCCCACAAUUCAGCCUCCCCUCAGCACAUACCCCCUUACUCCCUAACUAAAGUCUCGGGUGCAGACAAUGUGUGUCAUCUCUUUGUUCUCAGGCCUCUUUGAUAUCCUCAGCCUGACAGCAUCCUUAAAUUUGAACCCCUCAUAAAGUUUAAAUUCCCACCCGACCCCCGUCUCAUCUCUUUGUCUGAACUUAAAAAUGGCUUUGAUGUCUUUACUCACUUCCUCCUUGUGGCCUAUUUCUAUCAGAUUUGUUUUUGUUCAGAAGCUCCUUGGUCUUUUUUCUCCCUUGUCAGUCAUUCUGAGUGUUUAACAUCAGAGCAGUAACUCUUGCCACCCAUGAAUAUAAACUAACAAAAAUGGACCAAACAAUAUUCCAACUAUUGUCUGCGGCAGCAAGACGGCUGCAAUCAAUCCAUUUACCCACUUCAUUGGGUGAAGCAGUGAGGAAUUCUCUGCUCUGCUCCUCGCCUCCCCUUUACAAUUCUGUUCCAGUCCUUAUUUCUUCAUACCCUCAAAAAGCCUGAAAAAUCAGGAAAACUGACACAGGAAAUGGAAGAGUAAUGUGCGUUAUUUAAAAUGGAAUUGGACUCUUAUCACCCUGUUCAUGUUUGAACUAUUUCACUUUUCCCAGUUUUUCUGGCACCACUGUAAUAAUUCUCCCUUGGCUGGAACCCUUUGUAGUCUGUGCGUCAUGUGGGUGAUGUGCUGUAAACCCAAAUGAAGAUCUUCAAGAAAAAAAAAGGAUGUAAACAUUUAAUGCUGGUCCAAUAGGAUUUCUUUUUUGGAAAAGAAUUCCCGAUCGACAGAAAAAAGGAGUCAAGUGAUUAAUGUUGUGUUUUUCUUUUUUGGUAUUCAAAAAAACUUAGAGAAUCAACCUGUUCUUCCAGACACAGAAAAUAAGCAAAAAGCCAACUUCUGUGUGUGUGUGUGUGUGUGUGUGUGUGUGUGUGUGUGUGUGUGUGUGUGUGUGUGUGUGUGUGUGUGUGUGU